CCUCCCAGCAGGAGGAAGAGACGCUAAUUGGACGCUGUGUGUGUGAAGCAGAUGCUUUCAUUGGCUCCAGUCUAUUAUGACAACUCACUUAUUUGUGAGGAUGUUGGUAUAUUAUUGUGCUUAACAUGGAAGAAAACAGAAGCAGCACAAACAGGCGGUAGAUGUCUUAUGUGUUCAUAUAUAUCUUAACUGAUCAUGUCUAGUUUGUGUUCAACGUUCGUUCUCUUUUGCCACAAUGAUAAAGUCUUUAAGUUUUUUGAACUGUUUGUUUGCUUGUUAUAAUCUAACGUCAUGUUUAUUUCCUUCAGUGGAAUAACCUAAAAUCCUGCCUGGGCAUUUGGGGAUUAACUGUAUCACAGUAAAACGGAUCCCAGGCAUCAGACAGCAGCACGUGAGAGGCGUCACUUUUCCUCUUCAGUGAAAGCGGCUGGACAAUAAUUCAAAUAAUUUGUUCUCGUGACUUAUAUAUGCGCUAGACCUCCAGAGAGAGUUGAUUGGAUGAACGUCAGAUUAUUAAAGCUGCCCUUUAAUUAUAUAUUUUAAUAAGUGGUGAGGGAGGGGGGGUGCAGGGGCUGCGCUCUCCCCCACUCGCUCUCUGUCUCGGUGGUCUCACCCAAAUGCGCCCACGUUGCGCACCGGGCUCCAGAGCGCCGUGCGUCGCCUUCCAGCGGCGGACUGCGCCACACCGCAGCGGAGCGGGCGCACGCGCAGCAAUGGCCUCGGAGCCGGACGGGUCGGACGCGGCCAGGAACGUGAGCAGCCCGUUCGUGCAGCCGGCGUGGCGCGUGGCGCUGUGGUCGGUGGCGUACGGCGCGGUGCUGGCGGUGGCGGUGUUCGGCAACCUGGUCGUGAUGUGGAUCAUCCUGGCGCACGAGCGCAUGCGGACCGUCACCAACUAUUUCCUGCUGAACCUGGCGUUCUCCGACGUGUCCAUGGCGGCGCUCAACACGCUCGUCAACUUCGUGUACGCGGCGCACGGAGAGUGGUACUUUGGGGAGGUCUACUGCAGGUUCCACAACUUCUUCCCCGUCACCGCUGUGUUCUCCAGCAUCUACUCCAUGACUGCGAUAGCCAUGGACAGGUACAUGGCCAUCAUUCACCCACUGAAGCCUCGUCUGUCAGCGAAGGCCACGCUGGGCGUCAUCGUCUGCAUCUGGAGCCUGGCUGUGAUUCUGGCCUUCCCUCUCUGCUACUUCUCCACCACCCGCGUUUUACCUCGCAGAACCGUCUGUUUCGUGGCCUGGCCUCGCAUGGUCGAUGACGCCUUCAUGUAUCACAUCAUAGUGACCGUUCUAGUGUAUGUGCUGCCGUUGCUGGUGAUGGCCAUCACUUACACAGUCGUGGGAGUGACUCUGUGGGGAGGAGAGAUCCCUGGAGACUCCUCUGAUAAUUAUCACAGGCAGCUCAGAGCCAAACGCAAGGUGGUGAAGAUGAUGAUCGUGGUGGUGGUGACCUUCGCCCUCUGCUGGCUGCCGUACCACGUCUACUUCAUCGUGACGGGUCUCGAUCAGCGCCUGAGCAGGUGGAGGUACAUCCAGCAGGUUUACCUGUCGGUGCUGUGGCUGGCCAUGAGCUCCACCAUGUACAACCCCAUCAUCUACUGCUGCCUCAACAGCAGGUUUCGGGCCGGCUUCAAGCAGGUGUUCUGCUGGUGUCCCUUCGUCCGCGUCUCCAGCUACGACGAGCUGGAACUCCAGAACAGGCGGCUUCGACCGGGCCACCAGAGCAGCAUGUGCACCCUCUCCAGGGUGGAGACCAGCAUCCUGAGCAAGGACAAGAGCACACGGUCCCGCGGACACAGGCCCGCACAGAACUCUGAGCCCAAUGGUUAACACUGCAGCUGAGCUCACUGGUCCCAGAGCAACUGGAAGCUCACCAGUAAGGGUGAAUCUACUCAGCCUUUAGUGCCUCUGCAGAGGAAUGAGGGAGGUAUCAUCAAUAAAAGAUAAAAUACCAUGUUAAUCAGCCAGUAAUAAUAUAAGAAGUAGUAUCCCUGUACCACAAACAGGUAUCUCUCAUUAAUAUCUAUAAUUGUUAUGAAAGUCUAUUUGCUGCUAAUUAUGAAACGCUGCUGUGUAUUGGUCUUUUUAUUUAUUUAAAGAUUAUUAUAUUCUCCUAAAAGACAUAAAUGGCAUGAAGCAAGUUUAAAAAAUGUGAUAACUGGUGAGUGUGUUUGUGGAUUUUUGGGCGUUACAUGAAAAUGUAGAAUUCAUUUCCGUAUUGGUCGUUUAUCAGUGUAUUUGUUAGGACGCACAUUGUGUACAUGCAUGUGCUUUGUUGGGCUUCAUAUGAUCGUAAUCAUCUAAAAGCUUUUCUUAUGAAAAUAAAAUAGAUUAUUUAGGCCAAUGAUUUUAACAUAUAACAAAUAUUUACUUAUUGCUGAUACACUGGUUUGUUUGUAUAAGUUUGUAAAAUAUUUAUAUUUGUUUCUAAACAGUACUGGUGCUUCAUGAAUAAUUGUUUUUUGUAUUUGCUGCUGUUUUACCACUAAAGUAUUCACUACA